GGGCAGGCAACAUGGACUAGGUCACCUUCAAAUUCAAAUUUGUAAAUUUCCGUAUAAAAACGGACUCCGUAAAAGAACGCGCCAAAUCAAAAAUAUUAUUCAACGCCUCGUUCAGCCAUCGACUCCAUUCUCCGCUUGGGUUUCCUUUCUUCUUCAACUGCUCCUUCAUUUCUCUCCCCAUUUCCGCCCAACGCGAAAGCCAUAAACAAUCUCGAAUAACUUGUAUUGGUUCCUGAAUCAUGGCGCAGAAGUCCUUGAUUUACAGUUUCGUUGCUCGAGGAACGGUGAUUCUCGCUGAGUACUCGGAUUUCUCCGGUAAUUUCACUAACAUCGCUUUUCAGUGCCUCCACAGACUUCCUGCUUCUGACAACAGGUUCACUUACACCUGCGAUGGCCAUACCUUCAAUUACCUUCUCAACAAUGGAUUCACCUAUUGUGUAGUAGCAGUUGAGGCUGCAGGAAGACAUGUUCCAAUGGCGUUCCUUGAGCGAAUAAAGGAAGACUUCAACAAAAGAUAUGGUGGAGGAAAAGCUACAGUUGCUGUUGCCAAGAGCCUGAACAAGGAAUUCGGACCCAAAAUGAAGGAUCAUAUGCAAUAUUGUGUCGAUCAUCCUGAAGAAAGCAAUAAGCUCAUGCAAGUGCAGGCUCAGGUUUCUGAAGUAAAAGGUGUAAUGAUAGAGAAUAUCGACAAGAUUAUGGAACGAGGUACCAAGGUCGAGGAAUUGGUAGAUAAAACCGAGAAUCUUUGUUCACAGGCUCAUGAUUUCAAGAGGCAUGGAACUCAAUUAAAGAAGAAGAUGUGGUACCAAAACAUGAAGAUAAAAUUGGUUGUGUUCGCUAUAAUCAUUAUCUUGAUUUUGAUAAUCGUUUUAUCUGUUUGUCGUGGUUUUAACUGCGGAGCCUGA